CCGUGACGUCAUCACGAGGGGACGUUACUCGGGUAACAGGAGGAGACGCGGCAGCCUCCGGCGGUGGCGAUGCAGCUGCGACACGUUCGGACUCUACUUACUCCACAGGAUGGGGCAGCCAAAGUUACCUGCAUGGCCUGGGCCCCAAAUAAUACCAAAUUUGCCGUUUGCACAGUGGAUCGCGUGGUUCUCUUAUAUGAUGAACAGGGUGAGCGUAGGGACAAGUUUUCCACCAAGCCUGCAGAUGCUAAGUAUGGCAGGAAGAGCUAUGUGGUAAAAGGAAUGGCAUUUUCCCCAGAUUCUACUAAGAUUGCUGUUGGGCAGUCAGACAACAUAAUCUUUGUAUACAAAAUUGGGGAAGAAUGGGGUGACAAAAAAGUGAUCUGCAACAAGUUUAUUCAGACGAGUGCUGUGACAUGUUUGCUAUGGCCAGAGGAGAAUACCAUUGUGUUUGGGCUUGUUGAAGGCAAGAUUCGUUUAGCUAACACCAAGACCAACAAAUCCUCUACCAUUUAUGGAACAGAUUCCUAUGUGGUGUCACUGGCCUCCAAUGUCUCGGGGAAGGGUAUCCUCUCUGGACAUGCAGAUGGAACCAUUGUGCGUUACUUCUUUGAUGAUGAAGGCUCUGGGGAAUCACAGGGCAAAUUGGUGAUGCACCCCUGUCCCCCUUAUGCCUUGGCAUGGGCAUCCAACAGCAUUGUGGCUUGCGGCUGUGACAAAAAGAUUGUGGCCUAUGGGAAAGAAGGGCAUGUGAUCCAAACCUUUGACUACAGUCGAGAUGCUUCAGAGAAGGAGUUCACUGUUGCAGCCGCCAGUCCAGGGGGCCAGUCAGUAGUAAUUGGCAGUUUUGACAGGCUAAGAGUGUUGAACUGGAGUCCUCGUCGCAGUGCAUGGGAGGAAGCCAAGCCCAAGGAGAUUUCUCAUCUAUAUACCAUCACAGCGUUGGCCUGGAAACGAGAUGGUUCACGACUCUGUGCGGGUACCCUGUGUGGUGGAGUGGAACAGUUUGACUGCUGCCUUCGCAGGAGCAUUUACAAGAACAAAUUUGAAAUGACGUAUGUGGGGCCAAGCCAGGUCAUCGUGAAGAAUUUGUCCACCGGUAUGCGAGUAGUUUUGAAAUCCCACUACGGCUAUGAAAUCGAUGAAGUGAAAAUCCUGGGAAAGGAACGCUACCUUGUUGCCCACACCUCAGAUACACUGCUUCUGGGUGACCUGAGUUCCACCAAACUCAGCGAGGUGGCCUGGCAGGGAUCUGGUGGGAAUGAGAAGUUUUUCUUUGACAAUGAAAAUGUCUGCAUGAUCUUCAAUGCAGGAGAGUUGACUGUAGUGGAAUAUGGGAGUAAUGAGAUUUUGGGUUCUGUGCGCACCGAGUUCAUGAACCCCCAUCUCAUCAGUGUCCGACUCAAUGAGAGGAGGCAACGAGGAACUGAGGAGAACAAACGACUGGCUUAUUUAGUUGACAUUAAGACCAUCGCAGCAGUGGACCUUGUGGCCAGCUAUAAUAUUGGCACUAUCAGCCAUGACAGCAAGAUUGACUGGCUGGAGCUGAAUGAAACUGGUCAUAAAUUGCUUUUCCGAGAUAAAAAGAUGAAGCUGCAUCUCUAUGACAUUGACAGUGCUGUAAAGACCACCAUCCUUAGCUACUGUUCUUAUGUGCAAUGGGUUCCAGGAAGUGACGUGGUGGUAGCCCAGAAUCGAAACAGUCUCUGUGUAUGGUAUAACAUUGAUACACCAGAACGAGUGACCAUGUUCCCCAUGAAGGGUGAUAUUGUGGACUUGGAGAGGAGCAAUGGGAAGACAGAGGUGAUUGUGACUGAGGGUGUAAAUACCGUGUCCUACACUCUGGAUGAGGGGCUCAUUGAGUUUGGCACAGCAAUUGAUGAUGGUGACUACCACAGAGCUGUAGCUUUCUUAGAAACAUUGGAGAUGUCCGCUGAGACAGAGGCCAUGUGGAAGACACUAAGUCGACUAGCAUUGGAAGCCAAACAGCUGCAUAUUGCUGAAAGGUGUUUUGCUGCUCUUGGACAAGUAUCCAAGGCUCGAUUUCUCCAUGACACAAAUGAGAUUGCUGACCAAGUGGCCAAGGAAUGCGAAGGGGAUGGCACAGACUAUUAUCAGGUCCGAGUCCGUCUGGCUAUGUUAGAAAAAAACUACAAGCUGGCAGAGAUGAUCUUUCUGGAGCAGAAUGCUGUGGAGGAAGCCAUGGAGAUGUAUCAAGACCUUCACAUGUGGGAUGAGUGCAUCUCAGUGGCAGAGGCAAAAAACCAUCCUGCAUUAGAAAAAUUGCGUCAAAGCUAUUACGAGUGGCUGCUGCAGACACAGCAGGAGGAGCGGGCUGCUGAGGUGCAGGAGAUCCAAGGGGACUUGCAAGCAGCCAUUGGCCUCUAUCUGAAGGCUGGGCUACCGGCUAAAGCAGCACAGCUGACCAUGGACCGAGAGGAGCUGCUGGCUAAUACUGACCUCAUCAAUCGUAUUGCUACAGCCCUCGUUCGAGGAGAGCUUUUUGAGCAGGCUGGGGAACUCUUUGAAAAAAUUCGGAACCCACAAAGAGCACUGGAGUGCUAUCGCAAGGGCAACUCAUUUCUGAAAGCUGUAGAACUUUCUCGUUCAGUUUUUCCAGCAGAAGUGGUAAAGCUGGAGGAGGCCUGGGGAGACCACCUUGUACAACAGAAGCAACUAGAUGCAGCUAUCAACCACUACAUUGAGGCCAGGUGUGCUAUCAAGGCCAUUGAAGCAGCCAUUGGGGCUCGGCAGUGGAAGAAAGCUAUAUACAUUCUUGACAUGCAGGAUAGGAAAACAGCAGCCAACUAUUACCCCAAAAUUGCCCAACACUAUGCAGCCUUGCAAGAGUAUGAGAUAGCAGAGGAGCUGUAUGUCAAAGGAGACCACAUCAAGGAUGCCAUUGAUAUGUACACCCAAGCUGGACAUUGGGAAAAGGCACAUAAGCUGGCAUCAAAAUGUAUGAAGCCAGAGGAUGUGUCAGUGCUGUACAUUACACAAGCUCAGGAGCUGGAGCGGCAGGGAAAGUACAAGGAGGCUGAGAGGCUCUACAUAACUGUGGAUGAACCAGACUUGGCCAUUACGAUGUACAAGAAUUGCAAGAUGUAUGACGAGAUGAUUCAUCUGCUGGCCAAAUACCACAAGGAUCUGCUGAGCGAUACACAUUUGCACUUGGGCAAGGUAAAGCAUUUGAGGAGAUGUAACAGAAGAAAACCAGGUUUGGUGGUGACCUUCUGCUUUAUUUUUCAGGAACUGGAAGCUGAUGGGCAUCUGCAGGAGGCUGAAUAUCACUACCUUGAAGCCAAGGAUUGGAAGGCAGCUGUAAACAUGUAUCGCGUGAACAAUAUGUGGGAUGAGGCCUACAGGGUGGCAAAAGCUCACGGUGGAGCAAAUUCUCACAAGCAUGUGGCCUUCUUGUGGGCAAAGAGUCUCGGUGGAGAGGCUGCCGUGAAACUGCUCAACAAAUUUGGACUUCUUGAAAUGGCCAUUGACCAUGCAGCUGACAACAACAUUUUUGAUUUUGCCUUUGAGUUGGCUAGACUCUCCCUGAAGCAGAAACUACCUGAGAUCCACUUCAAAUAUGGCUCUUUCCUGGAAGAUGAGGGCAAGUUUGAAGAGGCAGAGGUGGAGUUUGUGAAGGCCGGGAAACCUAAAGAGGCAGUUCUAAUGUAUGCUCAUGCCCAGAACUGGGCUGCUGCCCAGCGAGUAGCUGAAGUCCAUGACCCAGAGAGUGUAAUGAUUGUGCUAGUUGGUCAAGCUGAUGCUGCCUUCAAGCAAAAAGAGUUCCAGAAAGCAGAAGCUUUGUUGCUGCGGGCUCAGCGACUUGACCUUGCUGUGAAACACUACAAGGAAGCUGCUAUGUGGACUGAUGCUCUCCGAAUCUGUAAAGAAUUUCUACCAGGAGAUCUGGAGGCUCUACAGGAAGAAUAUGAACGGGAGGUGGCUAAAAAAGGACCCAGGGGCAUUGAGGGGCUCCUGGAGCAGGCACGUGAGUGGGAGCAAGCAGGUGAAUAUGCCAGAGCUGUGGACUGCUAUCUCAAGGUCCGGGACCCCAGCAGCAGUGCACUGAUGGAAAAAUGUUCCAUGAAGGCAGCUGAACUUUCUAUCAAGUUUCUUGGCCAGUCUCGGAGCAUUGAGGUGAUGAGGACAGUGGGACCCCAGCUGGUCAGCAUUGGCAAAUUCAGCGUGGCGGUAGAGCUAUACCUCAACCUUGAUCUAAUCAAGGAAGCCAUCGAUGCCCUCAUGGAGGGAGAAGAGUGGAACAAAGCUAAGGGUGUGGCCAAAGAAUUUGACCCCAGGUAUGAAGAAUAUGUGGAUCAACACUAUAAAGAAUAUCUCAAGAAUCAAGGCAAAGUUGAUUCGCUUGUGGGUGUGGAUGUUAUGGCUGCCCUCGAUAUGUAUGUGGAAAGGGGGCAGUGGGAAAAGUGCCUGGAGACAGCUGCCAAACAGAACUAUAAAGUGCUGCAUAAAUAUGUGGCUCUUUAUGCCACAUAUUUGAUCCGCGAGAACAGUUGGGACAAAGUCUUGAGCCUCUAUGUUCAGAAUGGUGCUCCCGCCAAUGCCCAGAAUUUCAAUAUUUAUAAACGACUAUUUGUGGAGAUGGUGAAUGCAGCCAGUAUGAAUCGGCCAGAGGCUUAUCACAGCUGGGCUGAUUUGCGGGAUGUGCUUUUCAACCUGUGUGAAAAUUUAGGGAAAUCAAGUGAAGCCAACUCACCAGCUCAUGAGGAAUUUGAAACCAUGUUGCUUAUAUCUCACUACUAUGCUACACGGUCUGCAGCCCAAAGCAUCAAACAGCUGGAAACUGUGGCAGCCAAGCUCUCCAUCUCUUUGUUGCGCCAUACUGAGAUCAUUCCAGCAGACAAGGCCUUCUAUGAAGCAGGGAUAGCAGCUAAGGGUGUUGGUUGGCAGAACAUGGCUUUUAUCUUCCUAAACCGUUUCCUUGAUUUAACUGAUGCAAUUGAAGAGGGCUCCCUUGAUGCUCUAGACCACUCAGACUUCCAGAAUACAGAUAUCCCUUUUGAAGUGCCACUGCCUGCCAAGCCACAUAUCUCAGAAGACCAGCGUGAGGAGAUCCGUGACUGGGUUCUCACUGUCUCCAUGGAUCAGCGGUUGGAACAGGUACUGCCACAAGAUGAACGUGAUACUUACGAAGCUUCUCUGGUAGCAGCGAGCACAGGUGUGCGCUCCCUGCCCUGCCUUAUCACAGGCUAUCCUGUACUAAGAAAUAAGGUGGAAUUCAAGUGUCCUGGCAAAGAGGCAAACAAGGAAAGCUGGAACAAGUUUUUGAUGGCAGUCAAGAUGUCACACAGCCCCCCCUGCCAGGAUGUUCUCAAAUUCAUCAGCCAGUGGUGUGGAGGGCUGCCCAGCACCAGUUUCUCCUUCCAGUGACCAACUCAGCCGGAGCAUUUCCUUAAGUCUUCAACCCCCUUUAGAUAUUUAUUCUCCCAUAUUAAAUAUCUUGUUUAUAUAA